AUGCUAGCCAUGGGCUGUUGUGAUUGUCUCACUCAUUUUGCGUUACAUCAUCCAAAUCGGCAACGGAAACGCUCUGUAGUUGAUGCAUUCAAGGAUAAACGAUAUAUAAAUUUUGAUGGGAAACGAAGAAUCUCUGCCGAUGUAAAAAAUGCACUUGCGGACGAUCAUGAAUGGACAUUCAAUGUCCUUCACCUUGAAAGGAUUACUGAAAAUCAUGCUCUUAGUCAGUUGGGAAUCAAAAUAUUUGAGCGGUGGAAAGUUCAAGAGACACUUCGUUGUUCAGAUGAUAUUAUUGUUCGCUGGUUUAAUACAAUGGAAGCCCAUUACCAUAAUGUUAAUCCCUAUCAUAAUGCUACACAUGCUGCCGAUGUUCUUCAAGCAACUUCAUAUUUUUUGGAUUCGCCGACUGUAGCAAAGAAUGUCGAGGACAUACAUGCGACUGCUGCUUUAAUAGCAGCGUCGAUUCACGAUCUCGAUCAUCCUGGUCGAGGAAAUGCAUUCUUAAUAAAUACUCGGCAACCGUUAGCAUUAAUCUACAAUGAUCAGUCGGUACUCGAGAAUCAUCAUGUUGCGUUAGCAUUUCAAUUAAGUCUUCAACCAUCGAAUAAUGUGAAUAUAUUUGCGCGUCUUACACGUGAUGAAUUUAUUGCAUUACGUCAAGCUGUUGUUGAUAUGGUUCUUGCAACCGAUAUGAGUAGACAUUUUGAAUAUUUAACGAAAUUUCAACAAACUGUAGAUACUCUUCAGCAACUUUUGAAGAACUGUGACGAACCACGUAAUUCGGUAUCAAUUUCAAUAUGCAGAAUGAUGAUCAAAUGCGCAGAUAUUGGAAAUCCAACAAGAGAAUGGUCACUCUGUUAUAAAUGGGCUAUGAGAAUAGUUGAAGAAUAUUUUGAUCAGACUAAAGAAGAAACCGAAAAAGGGUUACCGUUAACAAUGGCACUAUUUGAUCGUAACACAUGUAAUGUGCCAUUAACACAAUGUGGAUUCAUCGAUAUGUUCGCUCGUGAAACAUUUACUAGUUGGAGUGAAUUUGCUCAACUUCCAGAGAUUUUAACUCAACUUGAGAAAAAUUAUGAACGAUGGAAGCGACAAACAAUUGAGUGGAAUCCAGCGAAUAAUCAUAACCUUCUUUCGGAAACUUAA